AAGAAUUCGCCGUCGAAGCGUCAUUGGUCCUGCAUACGCAGCUCACUACAAUACAAUACAACAAUUACUCGAGUAACUUUUCUUAGUAGAGAAAGAAAACAAAUCACAGUUAUACUUUUCCUUUAGUCUUUUAAAUGUGUGUGAAAAGAUGCUAAACCCUUCUGCAAACGGCGAGUCAUCCCAUGUUGUGGUGAAAUAUGUUGAGGAGUACAUGGACCUUGUCGAGUCUUUGCCGCUGGACCUACAGAGAUGUGUGUCUCACAUGAGAGAAAUAGAUGCCAGAUAUCAAGAGAUCCUCAAGGAAUUGGAUGAAAAUUAUGAAAAACAUAGACAAGAAUCAGAUCCUGUACAGAGGAAGCGCCUUCUCCACUGGAUCCAGCGGUCUUUGAUCCGCACAGAAGAAUUAGGAGAUGAGAAGAUCCAGAUCGCAGGCCAAAUGGUGGAACUGGUGGAGAACCGCUGUCGGCAGCUUGAGUGGCAGGGCGAGCAUUUCCACACCUGCCAGGACUCACCGGAAAGCAUUGUGUCUGUGGGCAGUGCCCCCAGUGCCAUAGAAACAGUACCUAUGACACCCCUCUCUUCCUCACUGCUGUCAGUGAGUAAACCAUGUGUGGAUAAAAAACGAGAUGAGGCUCUAAGCUCAGUUGACAAGUCUGGUGGAAAGCGAUCACGAAGGCAAAAGAAUGGUUCAGAGAACCGGGAAAACUCAAAUUAUGGCAUGGAGCACACUGAGGAGGUUGGUUCUUGCACGCCGAAGGAGAAAAAGGCUAAGACGUCAUCCACGUCAUCAAAGAAGAAAAAGAGGUCAAAAAGCAAGCAAGAUAGAGAGCCAUCACCAACAGAUCUUCCCAUUGACCCAAAUGAACCCACGUAUUGCCUUUGUGAGCAAGUUUCUUAUGGGGAGAUGAUAGGUUGUGAUAAUGAUGAGUGCACAAUUGAAUGGUUUCACUUCUCUUGUGUCGGUCUGCACCAUAAGCCCAAAGGAAAGUGGUACUGUCCAAAGUGCAGAGGUGACAAUGAGAAGACAAUGGACAAAGCUUUAGAGAGAUCGAAAAAAGAGCGGGCAUACAACAGGUAGUGUGCAGUUUACCCGGUUGCUGUGUUAAUUCCAUAUAGUGUGUCGGGCACUAAAAGUACCCAGUGUUUUAAGACAGGCUGUGUGAUGUUCUAAUAGAUUAGGCUUGAUCACUGGUUUGUAUAUAUUUUAGGGAUAUAGUGGAGCUAAAGGCUUAGUGAUACAAAGGGAUCACUUUUCAGCUAGCAAGUAUGUAAAAUACUCUGUUCAUAUUCAUAAGCAUUUCAUUGUUUUCAGUAACUUUGUGUUUUUGCUUUGUCUUACUGUAUGAAUGUUAAUAAGACAUAGUGCUGUUACAUGUGUUCUUCCCACCUUCUAAAGAUAACCAAGUAUUUGUCAACUCCACAUUUGCAAUGGUGACAGAUUUGUAAUGGGU